CAGUCAGUGAAAAGUUUGAGAUAAAGUUUUUGCAAAUGUAAACACAAUUUAUAAUUACGAUUACUUUUGAUUGUGUUUAGCGAUUGGUUAACAUUAGGUACGCUAUGAGUAGCCAAAAGUACCAGGUGCUAAAUCUGUAUAAAACGUUGCUAUACAUGGGUCGGGAGUACCCGUUGGGGUACCCGUACUUCAGAGACCGGUGUCACAAAGCGUUCGCCCGAAACCGCACAGAAACCGAUGUCCAGACCAUCGAUCAGAUGAUCAAAAGGGGAGAGUUUGUGGUGAAAGAGAUCGAAGCCCUGUAUCGGCUCAAGAAGUAUAGGACACUCCGGAAGCGUUACUAUAAGCACGAGUUAGAACCCGACACCGAUAGCACCGCCUGAUCUGAUCCAAUGGACGCUAAGAGUUUUGUG